AUGCUUAAGCAUGAUACAUUCUGGAAUACAGAACCAAGUUCAAGUGCAUCUUGGCUUUGGAAAUCUUUGAUGGCUCUUAGACCUUUAGCAAAGCGUUUUCUUAGAAGCUCUAUUGGGGAUGGUCAAGAUACUAGCUUUUGGUAUGAUCAUUGGUUAGACUUGGAACUUAUUAUAGAGGUUGUUGGACCAAAUGGUCCCUCCUUGAUGGGAAUCAAUGUGUCAAGUACUGUUGCAGAUGCUUGUUGCUCUACAGGCUGGUAUUUGCCUACUUCUAGAACAAGGAAUUUGGCUCUAACAACUUUGAGGACAAAGCUCAUGGAAACUACUCCACCCAAUUCGUCUAUUGGCCCAAACUCUUACUAUUGGUACACUAAUAGCUCCUCCAAUAUAGGUUUUUCAUCACGCCAAAAUUGGGAGCAGCUCCGAGCUAUGGUCGAAAGUAUUGCGGUUCAAAGGCUUUAUUUCCAAGCACGCUUUCCUGUUCGGUCAAGGCUUGCUCUUGGGGGUAUUGACACUCCAAUUUCAUGUUGUAUUUGCAACCAGCAAGCGAAAACUAGAGACCACCUCUUCUUGCAUUGUGAUUUCAGUUCUCAGGUUUGGGCUCAUGUUCUGAGACGCAAACUGGGCUAG